GCCACCGGAAUUAACUAUUGGGAAAAAUGGACGCCGGAGCUGAAGUUGAAGUUGAUGUGGACCGGACGGUGGAUGCGGGAUCUGGGUCGAAGAAAGCCAGCGGCGGAAGAUCGGAGCCGUCUUCUUCGAGUCAGGGGGAGAUAUUGAGAACGCUUGCUACGGUGGAGAAGGAUUCACAAGCAAUCGCGGAGAGCUUCUCGUCUCUCUUCGUUUCCCUCCGGUCGACUCUCUCUGAGGCUACAGGAAGCUCAGUUGAUCACAUGACUUGCUUUGGAGAUGCAGCUGGACGCCUUCAGGAAACCGCUCUAGAUGCAUCUACUAAAGGGAACCGUUACAUCAACUCUUGCCUCAGAUUAAACGAGGAAAUUAAAGGUGUUGAUAUUCUGGCGGCUCGGUUAAAGCACCUGAGGAGAAAUGUGGAUGUUCUUGACACGGCUGUGAACAAGCUUCUCCGUCCUCCUUGACAAGUCAUUAUUAGCUUUCAUGGACCUGGAUCAGUUAUCUCUCGUAUAUAAAGGUUUUGAUUGCAACUGAUGUUUUUCUUCUUCUUUUGUGACGCAAUGUUUUGUGGUGAAACGUUUUUUCCCUUUCUUAUGUUGACAAGCAAUACGGUCUCUUCAUUUGAGUUUUGAUUAUUCACUUGUCCAAAUAAUUUAAGAUAUUGUUCUGAUUACUUUAUUUAUU